GGUGGGAGUAUAAUUGUGCCCAACUUUGAACAUAACCUCGGAUAGUAGUAUAGUACUCCAUAUCGCACAUUUCUCGCAGUCCUCCUUCCUGUUCUGCGCCUUCAAUAUAUUCAUCAGCACACCACACAACUCAAAACCCUUUUCAAUCCGUUCGAAAUUAGCGCGCUUUGUGCAAUUACACCUUGCACAUAGAUUAUACCUACUCAUUUCAAACAACAAUCUUCUUCAUUUAAAGGGAACAACAAAAAAACGUCCAACUCAAGAAUGAAAGAAGAAAAAGAAGCCAUUUUUGUUUGAUUUUUCCCCUUUCUAUUCGUUAUUAAGUCAAGAAUCAGAAAGGAAUUGCUUGAAAAUUAAAGGGGUUAAGCUCGUUAAUCACUGAGCCUGAUGUUGAGAUUAGCGGCGGGAUAUGUGUUGAAUCAUAGCUCACAGCUUGGGAGGGUUAGAUGUCAAGCCCCAAAAAUGUGGUUCAGUACAAUGCCCCAAGUUGAGGGUCAGAGCCAGGUGACAUCUAAUGACAUUGGAAAGGAAAACAGCUAUGAUCACAAUAUAUUUUUAGGACAAAAGAUUACGAGGAAAGAGAAGAUGAAAUUUCUGACUAAGACACUUUUUGAUCUGGAAGACAGUAAAGAUGCAAUCUAUGGCACACUUGAUGCUUGGGUAGCAUGGGAGCAGAACUUUCCAAUUGCUGCACUUAAAAACGUGUUACUGGUUCUACAAAAGGAGCAACAAUGGCAUAGAGUUGUACAGGUUUUAAAAUGGAUGUUAAGCAAAGGGCAAGGCAACACAGUGGGAACAUACCAGCAGCUGAUACGGGCUUUGGAUAUGGACCACAGGGCUGAGGAAGCUCAUAAUAUCUGGAUGAAGAAGAUAGGUAAUAAUCUUCAUUCCGUGCCUUGGCCAGCAUGCCAUCUCAUGAUUUCAAUUUAUCAUCGAAACAAUAUGUUCGAGCGUCUUGUCAAGCUCUUUAAAAGGUUAGAGGCUUUUCAUCGUAAACCCCCGGAGAAGUCAAUUGUACAGAAGGUAGCAGACGCGUAUGAGUUGCUGGGCUUGGUGGAUGACAAAGAGAAGUUAUUGGAAAAGUAUGCUAAUCUUCUGAGCAAGACUCGUGAAGAGUCCAAAUUAAAAUCAAAUAGAGUGAAGUCCGGAAAGAAGAAAACCGUAACAGGACGUAAGAGUAGUCUUGCCAAUGCUGCAAAAGCAUGAAUCAAGUAACCAACGCCUUAUUUCUUAUGAUCUUUGUGCUGAUAUAUAAUUAUUGUUUCAGAUGUGUAUAUUGAAAAUCAGCCAAGUUUGCUGUUUGCAGCUAUUUUCCGGUUACACUCAUAUUCAGAUAGAUGUCUUGCAUAAGUUACGUUGUUACGAGGACAGCGUGGAAGAACCUCCACAGGCUACUGGUACAACGAGGAAAGCUCUGGAAGCCAUGAUCUUUGAAAAUAUUGAGCAAAAUAACAUCCUUUGUCCCAAAAUAAUAAUUUGUUCCAAACUAAUACGAAGUAUAUCACUUGCUAAACUUAGGAAAUUAUCUAAAAUUGCCAAGGAUAUCACUUGAACUUUGUUUUUUUUUCAAGGAGAUGAGAAUGAUUCAUUAUC